AUGUCUAUUCAAACGCAACCCAAGUUUAAUCGUUCUACCCUUCCUAUCCCAUUUGAUCUUCUCUAUGUCCUUAUUCAAGAGCUACUUUCCACAUGUUCUCUUUCAACUUUAUCCAAGUUAUCCUCAUUAUCAAAAGAGUACUAUGCCCUCAUUACGCCUCUUCUAUAUACCGACGUACACAUCACUUCCGAUGAGCAAUUGCAGGCGUUUCUGACCUUACCUCAAGAGAAAGAUCGACGUAUGAUCUUAGCUGGGGCUUUAUUGGGUGUCAAAAGAGGUAGAUCAGGAUCGAUUAAAGGUCCAAAUAGGAAAUUAGAAGCUUUAUCUUUGACUAGAUCAUUGAAAUUAGAUGUUUAUCCUUCGAGAACAAGUUUGAAACUAUCGUCAAAAUUACCUAGUCCAUUGAAAGCGUCGAAUUUAACUUUUACUUCAAAAGCUUUGAUCAAUCUACAUGGCAGAUUAUCAAAUUCAAAAGCACCUAGAAUACUGGCUUCUUUUUGGGCAGGUCAUCUACCAAAUUUAAUCCGACCUAAAAAAGUCAUCAUUGAUUAUUCUUCCAUCUUACCGAAAAAAUCACAUCCGCCCAUUGGCGAUGUCGAACCUGAUGACCAGGAAGAACAAGAAGCACAAGGGGAUGAUGAAGGAGAAAGUUCAAUGUCUUUCAUGUCAGACGAAAAAUGGACAAAUACAAUGGGCGGUAUGAGUAUCGCAUUACAAUCUUGGAUAGGAUUACAAGAGGUUGAGUUGAAGGGAAAUACUUGGUCAGGUAUCUUACCUGGUCCAGGUGUGAACGUCAAGAUGGUACAUGCGGGUAUCGAGAACGAAGUAAUCGAGAACGAAACGCAGAAUGAAGUUGACGGUGAAGGACAGGGACUUAUGACAGUAAACGAAACUAUAUUAAACGGAAAUGGUGGAGAACCAAAUGCAGAAAUUAUCAAAGCUAUUGAAACCCGUAACAAGCUAAUCGAAAAUCGUAAAAAAGCUUUAAUACUUGGAUUGAGGACUUCUCAAGCUAUAUAUGAGAAUUACCAUUCACCUCUGCCUAUCAAUUGGAAAGUCGAAAAUCUUUUACCUUCUCUUAUUGGCACCCACGAUAAUGAAGAAGAGAUUGAAAGCGAAAGGCAAAGAGAAAAAAGAAGUGUGAUCGAAGAUAUCAUGAGAGAUUUAGAUGAAACUUGUCCUUCAAUCAUGACUAGAUAUGGAUAUAUUAAUGAUGUUGGAAGAAGGGAUUUGAGUUGUUUGACUUGGAACAGGGAUGAGUAA